AGUGUGUGGCUGUGUGUGGUGAUGGCCACAAUUGGUGCUUUAUAAUUACAUUUUUGUUCUUGAUUUUUCCAGUGCUUAUCCAAAUUCCUCUCAUAUAUAUCACAUUAGCUCCAUUCACCACCCACUCAGGAAGACUGUCCAACUGUUCACAACCCUAUUGCUAAAUGCUUAUUGGGGAUACUGGGUGAAACUGCAAAUUUACCAUUUCCUUAUGUCGAGUCUUGCAUGAUUCUUGAAUAACUUUCCGGUGUUCCCUCUGGUGUUGUCACCUCUCAUCCUGAACAGUCCCUCUGUGUAGUCCUCAUCAUACUUACCAGUCAUUAUUUUGUUUCAAUCAUGUUCCCCCUGAGAUCUUCUGGAAGACUGAAAGUCUAGCAUCAGCUGCAUCAUCCUAACAGUGGUACAAGAACAACCUGAUAAAGAAAUAGUAGAAGGUUGGUUCGAUCUGAUGUAGUAAAGUAAAACAAAUUAGCAGAAUUCAUUGAGUGAAUCUGCUAGAAAAUUUCCCACUUCAAGUUUAAAAGAUUGAAGUAAAGGGGCAGAGAAUGCUUCUGAAGGUAGAGAAUUCCAAAGGCCAACAGCCUGAACAGAAAAAAAUCUUGAUCGUACAUUAGUGAUGCAACCAGGAACACACAUCCUUCUGCUGUGACCUGUAGAAGUGUGUUCAGAAUUUGCCCUCACAAACAAGUCAUGUAAAUGCAAACACUGGCCACUCUUAAUUUUCCAUACCAUUAUUAAAUAAGCUGGUAAUGAAUAACCUUUGUUAGAAAAUAUUUUUAAUUGGAAAAGUCUUUCAGACUUUUUUUGGUAUUAUUGGUCCAUGUAAAGAGUAAGUCAAGGUUUAAGAUGAAGACCAAGGCCAUGCAGACUUCUGUGGAGACCCGCUGGACCAUCAUCGCCUUGCACUCCCAGGGGCUGAGUGCCUCUGAGGUGGCACGGAAGCUGGGGGUCUCCGACACCACUGUACGGAGCUGGGUGAAGCGCCACCGAUCCACUGCUUCUGUUGCAAGCAAGCCACGGCCAGGACGUCCCCGCCUCACCAACUCCCUGCAGGAUAGGGUCAUUGUGGAGGCCAUCAGGGCUGACCCCUACAUCACUGCCAAACAGAUCAAGGAACAGUACCAACUUCCUUGUUCCAUCAACACUAUCAGGAACAGGAUGCACAGUCUUCGGAAAGAUGAACUCAACUUUGACGUGCCUCCCAUGCAGGGCAUCCCUUCAGGACAAAUACUUAAGGAAGCAUUGUGGGGAGCUUCUGUCAAGAGGAAGAUUGGAAAAGAUAGAGGGACAAGAUCUUCAAACUCCUUUUCUAUGUGUGGUGUGGAGGAAGCAGAGCAGGACCAGCACAUGGCAGCAAGCCAUAACUCUUUGAUAAGCAGGGGAGGCAAUGAAAACUCUUACAUGAAGAAAAAGUGUACAUCAGAGAGAAGACCAGAAUGGUUAGCAGUGGAUGUCAAGCAUGAGGCAAGGGAUGAGGUCAAGCUAGAGGUGAAAGAGGAAGCUUUGGAAGAGGAGAAAGACACCUCUGAUUUGUAUACCAGAGUACAAGGAAUUCAUCGGUGCUCCCUGGAGAAUGGCUGGGCACAAAGCAGCAUAGAAGAUGACUCAGACAACUUUACUGGCACAGAACCUGCUAUCCUACCUCUACCUCUUCCUGCAGAACACUCAGGCAGCUACAGUGACACAGGACGUGCAAUUUUACCUUUGCCUCCUCCUGAAGAUCACACACUGAGGCAGGAAGGACUGUAUAUUACUGAGGCAGGAUCUGCAAUCUUAUCUCUGCCUCCUUCUGAACACCAUCCAAUAAUGCACAGAAGGGUGAAUCUUAGGGGUGCAAAACUUGGGAUCAUACCCUUGGCUCCUCAGGACCCACUAUUACAAGAAAGGGUGAAUCUUGGUGACACAGAACCUGCAAUAUUACCCUUGGCUCCUCCUCAGGACCCACUAUUACAGGAAAGGGUGAAUCUUGGUGACACAGGACCUGAAAUCAUACCCCUGGCCCCUGGAGACCUAUUGGCAGAGGAGGGGCUGAAUCUUAGUGAUGCUAAACCUGAAAUCUUAACUCUUGAAGAUCCUUUGGCACAAAAAAGUGUGAAUCUUAGUAACAUGGAACCUGCACUGCUAUCUGUAACUACUUGUAAUGAUGACCCACUCAUGCAGGAAAGGGUAGCAUCUGCAGCCUCAAACCAGCAUGUCUUGGGAACACCAUCACACCAAGGAAGUCUUGUCCAAGGGAGUGACCCAUUAGAGACAGGAUGCACUUCUCCCACAACAGUCAUGUCUGACACAGAUGACACAAGCAACUCCACAGUGGUGCUUGGCUCUGAAGAGGACAGGGUGUCUCUCUCCUCUGACUCAGAUGAGAUAAAGGAGUGUGAGGAGAUAGGUCAUGAGGAGAAUGAAAAAUGUUUCAUGAAUGCUACUCUCUUGGACAGUGACUCUUCAAGUAUUGACACAGAGGAUGAUGAUAUGACAUUUCACAAUGAUGUCCCCAAAACAGAUAAAAUUAAGGAAGUACCAUGGAUUUGGAAAUCAGGUGACUUUUUACCAAACCUAUUUUUCUUUAAUUUCUCAAACAGUCAAGCCACAGCCACUGGCAAGAUCACAAAAAGCAGUACAGAGCUUGACAUCUUCCUUUACUUCUUUGAUGCAGGUUUAAUGGAUUUGAUCACAUGGGAAACAAACAAACAGUACAAAUACCUCACCAGGCCCUCCCUGCAGUAUUUGGAUGGGUGGUGGGAUGUGACAACAAGUGAACUGUAUGUAUUCUUGGGACUGUGCAUGCUGAGGCCACACAUUGGGGAUGGCAGCAGCAGGCAAUUCUGGACAGCAGUGCAAGAAAUGUAUUCUUCCAGCCAUCCCAAGUUUAUGACAGAGGCACGUUUCAAUAUGAUUGCCAAGAUGCUUCACUUCUCAAGCAACUAUAUUCAUACAAAGGAUCCCCUUGCCAAAAUAAGGCCUGUGCUCUCCAGGUUGCAGAAGAAAUUCAAAGCAGGCAUCAUCCCCUCCAGGAACCUUACGAUUGAUGAGAGUCAGAUACUGUUUAGCAGCCGCCUGAAUUGCAAGCUCUCCAUCCCUAGCAAGAACCACGAUUAUGAGGUGAAGACAUACGUCCUGUGUGACUGCAAGACAGGGUUUGUCACAGAUUUUCUCAUCUAUUCAAGUGUGGCAAUGGGAUUCUGCAAGGACUACCACGGCACUGCAGGGGCAAUAGUGAAACGCCUCUUGGCACCACUGUAUGGCAAAGGACACACAGUAUUUAUGGGUGACUGGUGCUCAAAUCCCAAGCUGUUCCACUACCUCUACACAAAGAAAGUUGGUGCCUGUGGGGUUGUGAAGCCUGAUCUGAAGUAUUGCCCAAAGUUUGAUGAUAUAACAAGGAGAAAGAGUGUUGCAUACCAUGCCAAUAAUGUUCUUGCCCUGAAGUGGCAGGAGCAAGAGUCUGUGUAUUUGCUGAGCACUGUCCAUGAAUGGCAGGCAGCAAGCAAGAGCAAGCCCCUGGCAAUAGUGAACCACAGAAACAACACCAGGAUAUUUGGCAUAGCAGACAUACAGACACACACUGGUGAGAUUGGGGUGUUCAAGUGGUAUAAGGAGCUGUUCUUCCACCUACUGGACCUGGCUGUGCUGAACACCUAUGCCCUAAUUGCCAUGAAGACUGGAACAAAGUCAAAGUACCGAGUCUUCCACCAGCGGCUGACAAAACAGAUACUUGAGAAGUUUAUGAAUGAGACAAAGGAACCUAAAGGAUGUAGUGCAAAUUCAGAGGCAGAGAAAGUAAGUAUUCCUCUACGAUUCAGGCUUUCCAAAGGGCACUUCAUCCGAAUACGCAUUGAUAGAGAAAACAAGGAGGUACAGAGGACACAGUAUUGUGUUGUCUGUCUCAAGACCAGAUCCCAGAAGCAGAAAGAGAAAGGGACCAAUUAUUACUGUUCAGUGUGUAAUGUUCCACUUUGUGUCAUACCUUGCUUUGAGAGAUACCAUACUGUAAAGAACUUCUGAGAGGGUGUGUGUGUGUGUGUGUGUGUGUGUGUGUGUGUGUGUUCUUGGUCAGUGCCUUUCACUUUCUGGCUUACUGUAUAGUAGAUUGUAAGUGACGUAAGUAAGUGGAGGCACUGAUGUCUCACUGGAAGAUUAAGUCUCCAGUUAUGGGGUGUAUGGGGGACAAUACUUGUGAUUACAGAGACCUGAGAAAAAAGACAGUGUAUAUUGACUAUAGAGAGAUUGCACAUAUUUUUGCAUUUAUGGGAACAGGAAUGACUGGGAAAUCUUGGAUUAUUAAUUUCUUUGGUGUUAGUGAAGAGAAGGUAUCAGAGGGAGUGUUUGUUCACCACAAAGUAAAAAUUAAUUUUACAUGCUUUUUAAUUAUAAUUUUAUUUCAUCAGCAGAGUCCAUGAAAGAAUUGUACUAUCUGGCUGGGAACAAUUUCUCACUUUGGCAUCUUGGCUGGACAGUUUUUAAUAGGCUUUAUUGGAAUUUAAUAGGCUUUAUUGGAAAUGAAUAGGCUUUAUUGGAAAUUGGAGUUCUCAGGGAUGGUGUCAUGUUUCUAGUAACAGCUUAAUAAGGAUUCUGUUUCAUCGAAGUGACAAUCUACCAAUUUUGGAUUAGCCUUUUUGACCUCUCUUUAGGGACGGCACUCUCAGUGGGCCUUUUUUUCAUGCUUUUGUUCUCCUUGGCCAGUGCCCCUCUUACAUAAGAAAAUAAAAGCCAGCCAGUGAUGUGGGAGGCGCAGUGCACAUUGCUGCUGGCUCUCAGGGGCCCAGGGAGGUGUUGGUCAGAAAGUCUGCACCGGCAGCUGUCCAUGGAGCGUCUUGUUCUUGUUCCUGCUUUACCUUACCUGAGCUUAGGGGUAUUUUUCUUUGUGGUAACCUUUUGCUAUUGAUAUAUUUUGUUUUGCUUAAUGUAUUGAUAUUUUUCCCUGUAUAUCUUUUCUUUUAAUAAUGAGGUCACUACUUCCAUUAUGUUACUUCAUCUGGCUUUAAACACUUGAAACACUUUAUUAUGUUCGUCUUAGAUACAUAAUUAUAUUGCUUAAAAUUAAUGGCAUAGGACAAACAGCCCUUCUUAAGCAAGGCUUAAUGGGCAUAUAUGUAAUUAAGAUUUUAAAAUUUCUUCUUUGUUCAUGCAGCGUGUUAUCUUUGUUUUUGUAUAUCAUGCAGUCCACGUGCACUGCCCUACUUUAUCCAGUUGUACAAUUACAUAAUUAAGUUUUCAUUAAGUUUA